AUGUUUUCAGAGGGUAAGAAGAGCAUUUCCAGAAAUCUUUUUAAACAAACAAAAUUUGUUGCCAUGGUGAUUGCUCAGGUGGAUUUCCGAAAAGUUUGGCAAUCUAGCAUCUCAGUUUUUGUUUUUGUUUUUAUUGUGAAAUCGUGAAAUGAUAACGGUGAUUAAGUGAUAAGAAAUGUAAGAAAUCAAGCUGUUCUGUUAAGGAAGUUUCCCUUGCUUAAGAAACGAAAGUAUCAAUCCACUAUAAAAUUAUGUUUUUCACUCUAAGUAGAUGAAACUUUAGCACCGACUCCGGAACUGCUUAUUUCGCGCCUACUAUCGUUAGUUACCGGUGGUAAGUACAUCACACGGCCCUCUCAACACUCAGGCCUCUUGACCAAAAAUAUGAAUCCCACCCCCAUAGAGGUAGACGGAGGACUAAUUGAGGGGGAAAUACUAAUAAAUGAUCUAAACGAUGAACCCUAUUACAGCUUCAAGGGUGUUCCCUAUGCUCGCCCACCUACUGGAUCUUUGCGCUUUCAGCCUCCAAAAAGUGUCAAAGAAUGGGAAGGUGUUCGUCAGUGCAUAGAAGAUGGAGAUGCAUGUUGUCAAAAAUUGUUGCUCAGUGUACCUCCGCCCACUAUUGCUGGAUCUGAAGACUGCCUGUAUUUGAAUAUUUACUUCCCCGUGUCAAAUCCGAGCAAAUCUUUAAGACCAGUGAUGGUGUUUAUUCAUGGUGGUGGUUUCCAGUCAGGAAGUGCAGACUCAAAUAUUUAUGGACCUGACUUUCUGAUUACCAAAGAUGUUGUUUUAGUUACAAUCAAUUAUCGGCUAAAUAUUUUUGGGUUUUUAAAUUUAGGAAUCGAGGAAUGUCCCGGGAAUUUUGGUUUAUUGGACCAAAGAGCAGCUUUAAUUUGGGUGAAAAAGCAUAUUAAGAAGUUCUCUGGGGAUCCUAACAAUGUGACCAUUUGUGGAGAAAGCGCUGGAUCUGCCUCUGUCAGCUACCACUUACUCUCUCCACUCUCCAAAGGUCUGUUUCACAAAGCAAUCAAAUCAAGUGGCUGUGUUUUCGAUCCUUGGGCUUAUAUGGACCCUAAAAUAUCAAUUGAUCGAGCUUUUCGUAUUGGGAAACAACUCGGAUGUGUUACCAAUGACGUAAAAGAACUCCAUAAAUUUUUGAUGUCCGUGCCUGACAAACAGCUUCUCAAAGUCGUUCUCACCAUAAUGACGCCUGAAGACUUACACACUGGAUUACCGUUUGCAUUUGUCCCUUCAAAAGAAAUCUGUGGAUCUUAUGAGGAUCGAUUUUUACCUUCGGAUCCCAAAACUCUUCUAAAACAAGCUCCUGAUGUGCCUGUACUUGUUGGUUUGAACAGUUCAGAAGGACUCCUUAUUUACUUAGAAAACCCUAGAAUGUUGUCCAAAGUUACCGAAAAUCCGGGCCGAGUGAUGGACAGUAUGUUUCCCCAUGACCUUAAGAGUCUGUCAAAGGAUCACUCCAAAGUGGCUCUCGCCAGAAGUAAAGUGAGGCAGUUUUAUCUAAAGGAAGGAAGUGCCCCUGAGAACAUUCCUGCCCAAAAAUUUGCAAAUUUUUUUGGUGAUAUUACCUGGUUGCGCGGAAAUUAUCAAUGGUUGAAGACUUGCCUGAGUUUUUCAGCCCCAAAACCAAUAUCUCUGUACCUGUUUGAUUUUGAAAGUGAUAUGAGUAUAAUUAAACUUUUACCAGGAGUGCAAGUUCCUGAUCAUUCUUCAGGUUCAUGUCAUGGUGAUGAUCUCCUCUUUCUUUUCAACUUUCGUGUUUUAAGCGAUGGUAUGUUGGAAUCAGAUGCUUGCAAGCAAGUAGUGGAAAAUAUGACCACGGUUUGGACAAAUUUUGCCAAAUUUGGGAAUCCAAAAGGUCAUCUGAAAGUUGAUUGGAAACCUCUCUCCUUGGGUCGGCCAGUUCACUGUAAAAUUGGACAAAAACUGGAAACUCAACCUGGUUUAAUCUAUGAAGACAGGAUCAAAUUUUGGAGCGAUCUUCAGCUGUCCAUGUUAAGUCAAAGCAAGCUGUAAGAUAGAUUGAUAACUGCUAUUUUCUUUCGAAAGGUGCAUUCCUGAGUUUUUAAUAGGUCUCUGGUGUCGUUUAAUAGGGAAUUCCUCUAUUUUUAACAUUUUUUUAUAUGCUUCAUUUAUUCAUUUUUUAUUUUUAUAGACUUUUUUUUACUCAUGGUUAGGGUUACAGGAAAUGCAGAAUCGGCAUUUUGCAUUAAAUUAGGAGAGCUUCCUAAUGUUUAGGAAACAAAAAAUUCUCCGAAUUUUCUAGUUUAUUUUGACAAGAUUUUUAAUAUUUUUAAUACUUUUUUUCUUAAUUCAUUUCAAAUAUCUCUAGCUUUUCAGGAAAAAACACUCAAAUCUCUUUUGCAAAGUUACUAACUAUAUGUGUGUUCUUUAUCAUUUUUGGGGAGAAAAUUCCUAAAAUUUAGGAAAAUUUGGAUGCUUUUGCCAGGGGUUUAUCGAAAAUAUGAAAGACUAUUUUUUUCUGCAUUCCUAUCCUACAGCCUGAUUGUUGAAAUUUUUUGUGUGUCGGGACGACAUAGAUGAAAAAGGUUAAAAGGCGGAGCGUGAUUGGUAGGCUAUGUCUUAGAGCUGCUUUGUCGUGCCUUUGUCAGGUGUAAUGGAUGACAUACUGUCGGAAACUUAAGGGGUGCUGUUAGCUUGUCGUGAGUUCAACUCGACAGAGGCACAACCAAGCAGCAAUGAGACAUAACCGACCAAUAACGCUCCGCCUUUUAACCUAUGUCAUCUAUGUCAUCCCGACAAACAAAAAAUUUCAACAGUCAGGCUGCAAGCCCUCAUUCACCUCAGAUAUAUUACAUCCUACUUCUUACAUUAUGCCACAGAUCACUGCAAUUUGGAUAUCUGUCAUUAAAAAUGCUUCAACAAACCAUCAUUUAGAGUUAGAAUCAAGACACAAAGUAAAUGUUUCCCCCAAAAAAUGUAUCCCAAAA